GUGAGGAACGAGCGGUGGGGGUAGCGCAGUGGGCGAUCUUAAGAGUUGUACCUGAGUGCUUGCAUGGCACGGCUAGUUGCCAGCAUUUGCUCCUCUUGUUAAUCCAUGUUGGGGUUGUUUGGGGCAAAAAAACUGCAGUUCUGAAGCUUCGGCUGAAUCCAUUAUGGUCUGAUCCUUCUGUCACAAUUCACAAGACCGGAUUUAAGAGUGGAUGCUUAAACAGACAAUUUAUUGGAAUGAAGCCAAACACAAGGAACAAACAAGCAACAGCAGAGCUUGCCGCAGGCUGGUGGUCUCUGUAGCGCAGGGACGAAAUAGGCAGGCACACAGAAGUAUAUCCGGGGAGGAUAGUAGUGGAAGAUCAAGUAACCAAGUACUGGAGGAAAAGAUGACCAGGAGCAAGAAGACAAACGCCAAGUAUCUGACAAUACAAGACGGGGUAGCACACGCUAAUCAGACACACCUACUCUCCACACCCAUACACACAACAGUAAACAUAGCACAGAUGAGACGUGUGUGAGUCUAAAAUAGAGAGGUUUAAACGUAAAGUGUUUCAACUCUGGAAGUGUUAAAUCACACAUACAUUGCACUUUUUUUUUCCUCAGAUGCUCCAAAAAACACAUCGUUGUCAGUGUUUCCCUCCAGCUCAGUGAUGAAGGGCAAAGUGACUCUGAUCUGCAGCAGUGAUGCAAACCCAGCAGUGAACUACACCUGGUACAGAGAGACAGGGUCUCAGUUUGAGCUCCUCCAGACUGGAUAUAAUCACACCUACAUCGUGACAAACCCUACACACGGUGCACAGUAUGGCUGUAAAGCUCAAAACCAGCAUGGCCACUGCAAUGCUACAAUUCAGCUGGAUGUUCAGUUUGCACCCAAUAUCUCCAUCUCUUGCAGUCGAAGCAGUGUAACGGAGUGUGUCUGUGAGGCUCAUGGGAAUCCCUGUCCUACACUAGAGUGGCGUCUGUCUGGACGUGUGAUCACUAACUCUACAGAAACCUCCAUCAGUGAGGAGACGUUAGGAAGCACAGGAGUGAAGAGCGUCCUGAACAUCCAUCAGUCCCUCACAGACACGAACAUCCUGCAGUGUUUCAGCACAAACAAAUACAGCAGCGCCAGUCAACAGUUUCAGUUCAUCCCACCGCCACAAGACACACGUUUCCAUCAUCCGUCGGUGCUGCUCGGAGCUGCUGUCGGAGCCUCAGUGAUGAUGAUCUCUUGCAUCGUGAUGCUCUGCUAUGAACGAAGAAGGAAAGAAAAACCUUCAGAAACCAGAGAAGACGACACAUCUGGAUUCAUUCUGACUCAAACAGCCGUUUCUCUGGAUAAUGACAGUGAGUCUGUUUACACCAAUAAAGGCAUGCUGUCAUCCACCGCACCGAGUGCACCUGAAUCCCUUCAUUAUUCCUCCAUCGACUUCACAAACGCUGACCCGCCGUCAGGAGAGAUCAUGGGCCUUGCCUCGCUGACCAGUGAAUAUGCUGCGGUCCAACACUGUCCUGCAGGAGACACAGACACAGAGAACAACACCUCAACAUCUGAGACAGAGCCCAAAAAACCAGACAUGACAGCAAAGAUCACGGACACAUCCUCACCGGCAUCAGAAGACGUGAUUUAUGAAAACACGGGCCAUAGCUACAGACAGAUGGAAGCGCUGGUCAUCGCAGAUGAUGCUGAAAAACAAGACUGAACCAAAACCUUUGAAUCUUUGAGCAACAAUUUAAGAGAUCCUUCAUCCAAAAAUAACAAUUACAAACCUACAGAACUUUCUUUCAUCUGUGGAACAUGAAAGAAGAUAUUUUAAGUGUUUAUUCAUCAUCGUUUUAAC